AUGGCCAACCUCCUCUGCCACAUCCAUGGAACCAAACGGUUUAAAGUAUAUCCACCGACAGACAUCACUAAGCUGAGCUUUCCGCCCGGUGCGUCAUCCUCAACGAUUGAGAAUCCUUUCAACCCAGAGUUGGAACCGGACGGCGUUCACCCUAUGGAGACUAUUUUGAAACCCGGAGAUGUUUUGUUUAUUCCUGAGCUGUGGCCGCAUGCAGCAUAUCCUUUGGAGUUGUGCGUGGCUGUUAACGUGUUUUUCAAGAGCCUCGAGCAUGGGUACAGUUCCAGUAAAGAUGUCUACGGUAAUAAGGACUUGGCCGCAUAUGAGAAGGGGAGAACAAUGAUUGGUAGGAUUGGCAAGGAGUUUGAGAGGUUACCGAAAGCUGCGAGGAGGUUUUAUAUGGAGAGGAUGGCGGGUGAGCUCGCGAAUAUGGCGGCAAACGAAUAG